AUGGCAGACGCGGUGCUGCUGUUGCUGAUGCUGUUCGUCGUGGUCGUCGUGUCGUUCGUGCUCGACCGGUACUCGUGCAACCUGGUGUCGCAAAGCGGCUUUGCCAUGGUCUUUGGCCUUGUCGUAGGGCUCGUGAUGGUCAUGGGGGACAAACACGUAGCGCUGCAUACGCACCUAAAUCUGGACAACAGCCUCUUUUUUAGUGUGCUAUUGCCGCCCAUUAUCUACGAAGGCGGCUUUUCGAUCAAGCGGCAAGCGUUCUUUCGCAACUUCCCAGCUAUCAUGGGCACGGCCGUCAUUGGCACCGUCGUCGCUGCGACCAUCACAGGCGGUAUCCUCUACCUUGCUGGAAAGCUCAAGAUGGUGAUGCGACUUUCGUGGGUCGAAGCGCUGCUGUUCGGGACGCUCAUCAACGCCGUGGACCCAGUAGCUACGUUGUCGUGCUUCAAUCGACUACGCGUGCCGCCGCUGCUGUUCAACCUCGUGUUUGGAGAGAGCGUGAUCAACAAUGCCGUGGUCAUUGCCUUGUACCAGACGCUGCAGAAAUGGGACGUUGGCACUGACUUGAGCUGGAACCAGUUGAUGCUCGUCGCUCUCAACACAAGUGGCAUGUUUGUCGGGUCGCUCCUUGUGAGUGCAACGAUCACACUGAGCGGUGCCUUCUUGCUCAAGCGCCAGGUCUUCGCCACGCUGCACUUCUUCCCGAGCUACGAGAUCUCGCUGUGCUUGAUCUUUAGCCUGCUCACGUACUAUGUAGCUGACAGUCUGAACUUGAGCGGCAUUGUCGCGCUGUUUUUCUCCGGAACCAUGACCGCUCACUACCACUUCAACGCGCUGUCACGCGAAGCGCGGCAUGCGUUCACUCACUUGCUGCACACGUUGUCGUUUGUGUGCGAAAACAUCGUGUACGUGUUCAUGGGCACGUCCGUGAUCCUGAUCUUCUCGGGCCACCCAAAGCGGGGUUCCGGCGGUGCACUGCGCGUGGACGACGUGGACUGGCGCUUCAUCGCGCUCACACUCGUCGCCUGCGUCGUGGCCCGUUUGUUCAACAUCUUCCCACUCCUGCGACUGUCGAACUGCUCUCGGGACUCGUCGGACCGGAUUCCCGUGAAACACAUGGGCGUGAUGUGGUUCGUCGCGCUUCGUGGGUCCAUUGCGUUUGCCCUCGCAAAGAACUGGAAGUACAUUGGGCUUCACGGCUCGCACCGUCGGCUCGUGGAAUCCACGACGCUCGUCGUCGUGCUCUUUACGACGAUCGUAAUUGGCGGCGUGACGGGCCCCAUUCUCUCCAAGUUGCGCCUCACGGAUCACCACAGCGAACUGAGGCAGUCAGAGCCUGGCCAGGACUCGAGCGGUGACGGCGAGCAGGCACGCGCGCUGCAACGCAGUACGCGCCACUUUGCGCUUCGUCGGCACUCGAGGAUCGCAGAUCCGCACGAGCCACAGACGUCUGCAGACGAGGCGAUGGGCGAGCAGGCGGUCACUGUGGACCCGUACCCAGUGCUCACGUCCCGACCGCAGUUUCGGGACGAGGACUACAGCGACGACGAGGAGCGACGAGAGCCCCAUGUCGAUGCACUGGGCGCGCCGCGACGCGAGACGUUCACCGGCACGUUCAUCCGCAAGUGGCUCGCGUUCGAUGCAGUCUACAUGCAGCCGGUCUUCGGAGGCCUCGAGACCAUCUCGGGCACGAGGCUGCGCGCCACGCACGAGACCGUAUCAGAUCGUUGUCGUCGUCGUCCGUCUCUUGACCAGGAAGACGGCGAGCUGGACACAGAAUCUGAUCGGGCGGUAAGACAGGUGUAA